UGAGAACUCCCAGUUGAAGUCGAUGGAUGCGCGGCUUCAACUCCUUUCAUUUUACAUCACUGCUGCGAACUUUGCGCUUCAUCGAAACGUGUUUGACUGUGACAAAAACCCGAGUCUGCGAUGGCUGGAACACUCAGCGCUGAGAAAAAGAAAGCGUACAAAGAAACGUUUAGCAGUUACGACAAGAACAGAGAUGGCAAGAUGAAUAAGAACGAGUUGCGGGGACUGCUGAGGGCGCUCAAUCGGAACCCCACCGAGACAAGCUUGAAGAAGAUCAUGGAGGGCUUUGACAAGAACAAAACUGGAAUCCUGGAGUACGACGAGUUUGUUCAGCUGAUGAUCAAAAUAGACGCAGACAUUGACCAGAAAUUGAGACCGACCUUCGAGGAAUACGACAAAGACAACAACGGAUAUAUCAGCCCUGAGGAGUUAGACGCAUUGCUUCAGGAUAUGGGGAUCGAAUUGACACCAGAGAAACUACAAGCUGAGAUCAAGAAUGUGGACCUCAACACAGACGGCAAACUGACUUUUCAAGAAUUCAAGAAAUUGAUUUGCCGCAUCUAACCAGUGAAGAUCAUGUAAAGGAAGUCACUAAAGAAGCACUGAAGUAUUCUGUGAACCCAGCUGUCAUUUCUUGCAUCUUCAUUUUGUGUUUUAUGUUUCCCUUUUAAAUUUGUUUUGGUUUGUUUUAGUUUUUUGCGUGACUUAUAUAAGAAAGGACAUUUAUGCAUAUUUAUCUAAUUCCUUGGAGUGGAACGAUUGCUUGUUAAUAUUUAGUCUAAGGAAAUGCUUUGAUUUGCUUUUGCUUAUUUAAUUCGCAUAAUAUACAUUUUUCCAUUCUUAUCAUUUUGAAAUGAACAUUACACCUAAAACGUAUUAAUUCACGCCAAUAUACAGCGAACGCAAUAUUUUAGAAGUAUAGUUUUAUCGACUAGAAAUAAUCUUAUCUCGACGUUGACAUGAUUUCUGUUAACUCGAUUCCAUGACUAUAAAGCACAGAUCAUAUUGUACAUUUUGUGAAACUGUGUUCCAGAUAUACAGCACGUUUAUGUGGAACAGACGAUAGCCAUUAAACUUGCUUUGCGGAUAAAAGA